AUGGACCAUACACGAGAUCCAUGCCCUUGGGUGGCACUGAAUGAUUUUGGGGGAGCUUUCUGCAUGGGGGCAAUAGGAGGAGCAGUGUGGCACGGCGUGAAAGGCUUUAGAAAUUCCCCUUACGGCGAGAGACGGAUCGGUGCUCUCACAGCGAUCAAAGCGCGAGCACCGGUGUUAGGGGGCAACUUUGGGGUUUGGGGGGGGCUGUUCUCGACGUUUGACUGCGCCGUGAAGGGAGUAAGGAAGAAGGAGGAUCCGUAUAAUGCCAUCAUCGCAGGAUUCUUCACUGGUGGCGCGCUUGCCGUUCGAGGAGGUUACAAGGCUGCGAGGAACUCAGCGAUAGGAUGUGCCUGUCUACUGGCAGUUAUUGAAGGUGUGGGAAUUGGGUUUCAGAGAAUGAUGGCUGAGAACACGCGACUAGAGGUACCACAACCUCCACCCGCCGAGACUGGUGCCACCGGUUUCCCAGCUGUAGCAUAA